AUGCUUUGGGAACUUUUGAUAGGAAUUGUUGUGCUUUGGAUUUCGAUUUUGAGUUGUGCCCUCCAUAAAAUCGAAGAGGGACAUGUUGGUGUUUAUUAUCGGGUAAGUGUGCGGGAGUUGCAGAAAGGGGCGUGGCCUAAUUACAGGCUUGUGCGAUAUAAAAAUGAUCAGAAUUCUAAUUCCAGGGUGGCGCCUUGCUCAAAACCGUCUCCCAACCCGGCUACCAUCUCCUAAUCCCCAUGCUAACUCAAGUCAAAUCAGUUCAAGUCACCCUGCAAACGGACGAAGCGACAAAUGUACCGUGUGGAACGUCUGGUGGUGUAUUGAUUUAUUUUGAUAGGAUUGAGGUGGUUAAUAUUUUGUCGCAAGAAAGUGGUGAGUGUUUUUGGGAUGUUUUAGGGGUCUUAAGGUUUAAAUCGACUCUAAAUACCUUAGGGACCCAAAUAAUUGAUAAAAAUGAUGAAUCUGAGUUUUGGAGUAACUUCAAAAAUCACAUUCUUAUUUUCAGCCAUAAAAAUGAGCUAAUUCUAGAAAUCGGAAAUUCGGAGUAACUCCAAAAUUCAGAUUCUUCAUUUUUAUCAUUUUUCUGGGUCCCCAAGGUAUUUUUAAUUCAAUUUAGGGUAAUUUUAAGGUCCUUAGGGCCUCUGCUGUAUUUUUAACGUCUCAAAAAUCCCAUUGUGGCGAUGGUUUUAGGGUUCUUAAGGUUGAAAUUGACUCUAAAGAACUUAAAAAUACCUUAGGGACCCAAAAAAUUGAUAAAAAUGAUGAAUCAUACUUUUAAAGUCAUUUUUAGAGCUGAAAAUGAGAAUCUGGUUUUUGAACUCUCAAAAAUAUGAUUCAUCAUCAUUUUUAUCAUUUUUUGGGCCCCAAAUAUGUUUUUAAGUUCUCUAGAGUCAAUUAGGGUGAUUUUAUGGUAAGGGCCUCUUUUUGAAGUGUCUUCAAAAAUCAGAUUCAUCUUUUUUUUUGGGUCCCUAAGGUGUUUUUAAGCUCUCUAGGGUAAUUUUAAGGUUCUUAAGGUCCCAAUAAUCCCAAAUUUUCUUUCAGUCUAUGCAAUCGUCAAAAACUACACUGUAGACUACGAUCGUCCCCCUGAUCUUCAACAAAGUUCAUCACGAGGUCAAUCAAUUUUGCAGCGGUCACUCGUUGCAAGAGGUUUAUAUCGAUCUUUUUGGUGAGUUAGGUUAACUUGUUGCCACGUGGCAGGUGUUUUUACGCGCGCUGAAAAAUUUGAAUUUGAAAUUUUGAAUUUUUGGACCUGAAAACAUGAAUUCAAUUGUGAAAAAUUAGGUUUUUUUUUAAAAUUUAAGCUUAAGCUAGGAAAAAAUGAAUAAAAAUUAGGAGAAAAAUGUUGUUUCCACUAUAAUUAUUUGUGUUUUCAGACAAAUUUUCAAAAAAAAAAGCGUGGAGACCAAAAAAAUAAAAAAAAAUUUGAAUUGAAAUAUUUUUUGAAUAAGGUUAAUCACAAAAAGAUAUUUAUAGGUGGUGGCGCAAAAAAUGAAGAUUCUGUAGGGAAAAGAUCAAUUUUUCCUAAGGUUCCUAAGGUCUUUAAGGUGUUUCUGAUACCUUUUAGCUUAACUUGAGCUAACUUAAAAGUUUCUAAGGUCCCUAUGGUGAUUUUGAGGAUUAUUUUCAGUCUUUAAAGCUAUAUUAGAGGGAUUUUAAGGUGCUUAGAGCUCUAACAAGGAAUGGUUUUCAAUGUUCCCCCAAGGAAAAAAUCGAGAGUAUGUGGAAUGUUGAGGGUUCCCGUGGGUAAGAAAAACCCUAACGGGAAUAAGGAGAAAAAUGCCUUAUUCUCGAGAAAAAAUGUAUUUUAGGUCGAUUUUUACACCAUUUUUUGAUUUUUAGAGCAUCUGUAACUCGAUUUUGAAUCUAUUUCAUGAACUUUUGAGUCGUGGAAGUUGUUCAGAAUGGUCGAUUACGUGUUUGUGAAACUUUUUAUCAAAAAAUUAGACAUUUUUUGAAAUUUGGUUUUUUUAGUCGGGGUUUUUCUGAUCAAAUGGUCACCAAAAAACACAAAAAAUAAUUUUUUCCAUUUUCAAAUGAACGGAACUUGAAAAAUUUAGGACGGUCAACAGACGUAAUUUGGUCCGUAGAAUCCAAAAAUCAUAGUCUCGAUUCACACAAACUUCUCCUUCACAACGAAAACGUUGAUUUUCUAUGAAUUUUUCAAACUGGAUUUUUGAUUUAGUGGACUUUUGGGACCAAAAUUAUUUUAUUCCUAAUUUUAGUCGAAGUAAUACUAAAGUACGCCGUUUGCGCUACAAAUGGAUUUUUAGACUGACAUUUUUCAUCAAUUUUGAAAAAAGUUUCGAUUUUUCUAAAAAAUUUCAUCGCAAAAAUCAAUAACACCAAAAUUUUCUAAAACAAGGCAUUUUUCUCCUUAUUCCCGUUAGGGUUUUUCUUACCCACGGGAACCCUCAACAUUCCACAUACUCUUGAUUUUUUCCUUGGGGGAACAUUGAAAACCUUUCCUUGUAAGGUAAUUUUAAGGUUGUUUCUAAGGUCUACAAGUACUAUUUUUCAGACACCAUCGACGAGGAGAUCAAAAAAGCCCUUCAACAAGAUUUGACCCAAAUGGCUCCAGGUCUUUUCGUCCAAGCUGUCCGCGUCACAAAACCCAAAAUCCCCGAAGAAAUUCGUCUGAAUUACGAGCAAAUGGAGGCGGAAAAAACCAAAUUAUUAGUAGCGAUUCAAAAUCAAAAAGUCGUCGAAAAACUCGCGGAAACUGAGCGGAAAAAGGCGGUAAUCGAAGCGGAAAAAUCCGCACAGGUCGCAAUUAUUCAUCAAAAACAAAUGAUUUCGGAAAAGGAGACGCAGAAAUUGUUGAAUCAAUUGGAAGCCGAAAGUCAUUUGGAAUCGGAAAAAGCGAAAAGUGACGCGAAAUUCUAUGAAAUGCAAAGGAAAGCGGAAGCAAAUAAAUUACUGUUGACCCCGGAAUUUUUGGAAUUGGAACGGAUUCGAUCGAUUUCGGAGAACUCGAAAAUUUAUUUUGGAGAAAAAUUGCCGCAGACUUUUAUAUUGCCCCAAGGAAAUACGGAAAAAUAG